AUGAUUCCUUUAUUAUAUGAAGCUGAUUGGUCUAAUAGUCCUAGACAUCAUGAUAGUAAUUUCAGAAUUAUGGUUUUAGGUGAUCCAAAGGUCGGGAAGACAUCGAUGAUUAUGCAGUGGCUUACCGACAAUUAUAGAAGCGGUGACGAAGCUACUUAUUCCGAUGAUAUUUAUAGAAAGAAAAUUCCUUACUACUCCUUCAGACUUCUGAAUGAUAAAGGCUUAAUUGCUGAAAAGGAUGUGAUAGACUUUAAUUUGGAUAAUUCACAUAGAUUCCAAUAUACAAAUAAGGAUUUGAUUAAACUUGAAAUCCUUGACGCCAAUAUCCAUGAUAUAUCUGAAUAUUACUCUAAUGAACUCAGGAGUCUGCAGGUAAAACAAUCUGACGCUAUCGUGAUUUGUUUCGAUGGGAAGAGUCAAACUACCUUUGAGCAUGUACGAGAGUAUUAUAACACAAUCAAAGAUGCCUUAGGUGAGGAACAAAUUCCGGUUGUCAUAUGUAAUACAAAGAUUGAUUAUUUGAUGGAAGAUAAGGUAGAAUUCAAUGAGCUCAUAAACUUCCUUGCUGAAUUGGAUUUGGAUUACGAGAAUGAUUACUUUGAAACUUCUUCCAAGCAUAAUAUUAAUGUAAAAGAACUUUUGUUCUCUCUGUUGUACCGCAUUGAAACAAAUAAAGAAAUGAAGAAAAAAGAGGAGGCGUUAAAAAGUGAAACAUUGGAAAUUUCCCCUACGCCUUCGCAUUACGAGCCAAAUAGUCCUUUUAGUUCAAGAAGUAAUAAAUCUGAUUCAAACUCCCUGAAAAGCCUGGAUGAAAAUAGAAUAGGAAUUACUGAUUCCAGGGGAAAUUUCUAUCCUAAAUGCGAUAAUAAAGAUGAGUACCUAAAAAUGGAUGAUUUAAUUAUUCCUUCAGAGUUUAUUACAAAAACUAGAACAAUGAAAUUACAAGGGGGAGACGAAACAAAGAAAGAGUUGCAACACGGUAUAAUUAGUGCAGACCAUUCAGAAACUAAUGACACUACACAAGAUGAGCGAAAUACGAAAAUCUCACCGAUAUUUAAAACAUUCCCAAAGUUCAAGUCUUCAACACCUCCCAAGCCAAUAUCUUCUAGAGAAUCUGUUAAUAAUAAUCUUGAAAAGGUAUUGAAGAGAAAAGAAAAACAAAAAAAGGAUAAGAAGGAUACAAAAAUGACGCCACCUUUCAAAUCAACUUCAUGCAUAAUUUCUUGA